UUAUUCACCGCUGUGUAAAUAAAAAAUGUUUGCCAGGUGAACAAAUGUAACGGUAUAAAACUUUAUAUAACAUUCCUUAGGCCUAACACUACUAUUUUAUAUCUAAAAGCAUCAAGAUGGCAGAUAUCACGCAAAGAUGUGUAGGAGCAGUUGUUGGAGCUCUCGUAGCAGACGCAGCAGCUAUGCCAGUUCACUGGAUCUAUGAUGUAGAGAAAAUGAAAAAGGUCAUAGAAGAUUGCCAGCAGCAGCCAGAGUUCUUACCUGAAAGUCGCUGUCCCUUUUACACUCUCCCGACUGGCAGAUACAGCAGCUAUGGUGACCAGACAUUCGUUUUACUGAAUUCCAUGGUUGAAAACAAAGGACUCAACACAGAUCAUUACAAGAAAUCUCUCUAUGAACGUUUUGGACCUAAAUCUGCAUAUGAAAUUGACCUUGGUCAUCCUAGAACUAAGGAGGACUUGCCUAUUUCGGGGCCCUGGAGACCAGCUUCACUGACAGACUUUAUAAAGAACUAUGACCAAGGAUUGGACAAGACUGGAAAAGCCACUGAUGCACAGGCAGAUGGAUUUUCUAAAGUGGCACCAUUGGUUGCACUAUAUGCAGGAGAUACUGGCAAGCUUCUGUUAGAAGUGGAUAAGGCAAUCAGAGUCACUCAAGAGGAUGACAUUGCUGUUGAAUGCGGACUGGCAGCUGCAAGUAUACUGGAAAAGUGUGUCCUUGGGAAAUCUGUGGAAGCCGCUGUCCAAGAAACUGCUAGAGAGACCAGCAAUAGUGACGUGAAAGGUUACAUACAGAAAGCUAUUGAUGGUAAAACUACACCUCAUACAGAAUUUGUACAGAAGGUUGGAAGCAGUUGCAGGGUCCCUGGUAACUUUACCAAUUCUGUCCACUGUCUGCUCAACUCUAACGGAGAUUUCCGGGACACCGUUGUCAUGACAAUAGUCCCUGGUGGCUGUAACUGCAGCAGGUGUGGCUUUGUUGGGGCUACACUAGGGGCAGUACAUGGACUUAAGGGAAUACCAGAGCACUGGAUCAGCAAAACCUUAAAUGGAGACAAACUAGUUGACCUGGCAAAUCAACUUGUUUUGUCAAGAGAGUGACACUACUUUGGCAUUUUGAUCCAAGGAAGAAUGGAAGAAUAUCGAUUAUCUGUAAACAGUAUUAAGAAAUUAGCCAAAGACUAUAUAGAAUUUUACAAGUUUCAUGAUGUUAUUUGAUACAUGAUAUGUUGUUUCAAACAUACACCAACACCUUUAUUUAACAAAAUAUAUUUACCUUAAUUUAUUGGCAAUAUUCAUUAUCAAUUUGAAUCAAAAUAUACAAAAGUUAUGUUUUCAAUAUAAGUAUUAGCUGUGCAAUAUGUAUAAUGUGUAAAGCAUUCACAAUCAUAGCUGGAGUGUUUUGUUCUGACGGUGAAGUGAAGUCUCCAUGAAUAAUAUACUAAAUUAACUUUCAGGUCCUAAGAUACCUGUCAAAAUCAAAGUUAAAGGUAUUUAUAAAUGGUCGCCAAAUCACAAGACCUGGAAUAAGUUAUCAAAGUUCUUUUUUAGUUUAGAUAAUAUUUUAUGUUUAAACAUUCAUUUGAAUAUUUAAGCUGUAUAGUAAUACCUAGAAGGUUUGAGACAUCAAGAGAUUUGACAUUGUAUAUUUAAGGUAUUUGUACCCGUGUACUUUAUGUAGAAUUAAUAAUGAUAACAGAUAAUAAAAUAUUUUUCCCAUUCUCUGCCAUUUAUCACAGACUAUCCAAUUGUUCAUAAACUUUCUUUACGUUUGAGAAAAAACCUGGAAAUUCCCUGUGAAGCAUCCACAUACCUCACAAGAAUUAUAUUUUAUAGCCACUUGGAACAAUAUUGUUACUGAAAAUAAAUUUUACAUGGAAUAUAUAUCUCGUUGCACCAGAUGCCCUCAUCGAUAUGCACUUGUAUUUGGUAAUUAUCGCCCAGAGUUAAAAUCCAAAUUGAUGGUUAAUUACCAGAUACAAGUGCCAAUGCCUGAACAUGUAAUGGAUGUUAGAACAGUAUUAGUAUAUGAUUUGCUUCAAUAAAUUUCAUUUGUUCAUUUUCAUA